AGCCUUAGAAGGCCCCCGUAUAUUCAACGAUGGUAUAAAGCACGACAGGGACGCGGGGUAGAUUUCGAAAGGCCAAAAUCUGGGUUAAACUAUCGAUACCAUGGCAUCCGCACGCAACCCGAAGGACUCGAUGAAGUCCACAUGGCGUACUGCCAACCGCGACGAAUGGAGCAUCAGCCACUGGGCCCUCGAGCUGCUCAAUGCCCACCAUAUUUCUCUCGACAAGGAGGUGCCGGUACAUACUAAGCAGGACAAGAUACCUUACAUGCCUCAGUUGUCUCUGAAUAUCUGGGUUCUCUUUUAUGCAUUCAUUCCAGUUCUUAUAAAUCAAGCAUAUUUCUCAUACACAGGUCACAACCUCGGGCCGUUUGCUCUCUUCCACUUCUACUUUUUCGCAUUCAACGCAAUCCUCAUUUACCAAAUUCGCCUCCUCCGUCGUCUCGGCCAUACGUAUGGAUUCCUCGACGGUGACCAACACGAACGCGACGGCGUCCCUGACGUUGGUGUGGGCAAGGUUGCUGCCUCGUUAUACAAGACAACCGGCUCUCGCCUGGCUCUAUCGCUCUACCUCUCCUUCAACGCCAGUCAGGCACCGAUGGCUAUGCAAUGGGCAUGGCUUCCUCUCGAGAUCGGUCUCUAUGGAAUUGUGCUCGACUUUUGGUUCUACUGGUAUCACCGUUUGAUGCACGACGUUAGCUUUCUCUGGAAGUACCACCGCACCCACCAUCUCACCAAGCACCCCAACCCACUCCUGGCGGCCUAUGCGGAUCACGAACAGGAGUUCUUCGAUAUGGUCGGAGUCCCAUUGAUGACUUAUCUCAGCCUCCGGUUCAUGGGGUUGCCCAUGGGCUUCUACGAGUGGUGGAUCUGUCAUGCAUAUGUCGCCUUUGCUGAGGUUUUCGGACACAGCGGUCUGCGCAUCCACAUGACGGUCCCGUCGACGCUGAGCUGGCUGCUGCAAAUGCUGAAUGCCGAGAUUGUCAUCGAGGACCACGACCUCCAUCACCGUAAGGGUUGGAGAAAGAGCCACAACUAUGGCAAGCAGACUCGUCUGUGGGACCGCAUCUUUGGCACCUGCCAUGACCGUAUCGAGUCUGUCGAUAGCAAUAUCGACUACAUCAAUACCGUUAACAUGCCUCUCUUUUGAGUCCCUUCGGGGGCCUGUCUUCCACAGACAUUACUUUCGAUAUGUCGCUGCUAUUCUUCUGGAGGAUUUGCACUGCUGGACCUUC